AAUAACACCUCCUCUUGUUCAGCACCCAAAGUCGAAGGAUAGCUCUGGCCUUUCAAUUCAAGAAAGUGCAAGAUUUGUGAGUGUUGUAUGAUAUAACAAAUUCUCAGUGUCCAUAUUUGUUUUGGAACGAUCGGAAUAGUCUUCAUUUUAUGGGAGAGACAGAACUGGCGUCAAACAUGCGUAAAAUCCAACGCUGUCCAAGCAGGGAACCACCGAGAAAGGAAUUAUCGCCGCUCAUCUGAGGCCAAUCUCGAUUAUUUUUGUCAAAUAAGGAAACAUAACAUAGCUAGCUAGCUAACGUUAGCUCCGUAGAUAGCUAGGUUACCGACAUAUCUUCACACAAAAGCAGAAUCCAGCAGAUAAUCAAGAUUGGAUCUACAUUCGCAACAGCAGGAAAACCUAUAGGCAGCAAUGGGUGCAUUCCUGGACAAGCCGAAGACGGAGAAGCAUAGUGCCCACGGUGAGGGCAAUGGGCUGCGCUAUGGCCUGAGCUCCAUGCAGGGCUGGCGGGUGGAGAUGGAGGACGCUCACACAGCUGUGGUGGGCCUCCCCCAUGGACUCACCGACUGGUCCUUCUUUGCUGUCUACGAUGGCCAUGCAGGCUCCCGGGUGGCCAACUACUGCUCCGGCCACUUGCUGGAACACAUCUUGUCAGAAGACUUCAGUUCAGGAUCUGCCUCUGUGGAGGGUGUGAAGGACGGCAUCCGCUCGGGCUUCCUAACAAUUGACGAGUACAUGCGCAGCUUCUCUGACCUGCGGCAGGGCCUGGACCGCAGUGGAUCAACAGCCGUGUGCGUGUUGCUCAGCCCGACCCACCUCUACUUCAUUAACUGCGGCGACUCGAGGGCCGUGCUGAGUCGAGACACCAAGGUGGGCUUCUCUACCCAGGACCACAAGCCCUGCAACCCCCGUGAAAAGGAGCGCAUCCAGAACGCUGGCGGCUCAGUCAUGAUCCAGAGGGUAAACGGCUCCCUGGCUGUGUCCCGGGCCCUGGGGGACUACGACUACAAAUGUGUGCAUGGUAAGGGCCCCACGGAGCAGCUGGUGAGCCCUGAGCCCGAGGUGUGUGUGUUGGAGCGGGCGGCUGAAGGAGACGAGUUUGUGGUGCUGGCAUGUGAUGGAAUCUGGGAUGUCAUGUCCAACGAGGAGCUGUGUGAAUUUGUCCGCUCACGACUCCUGGUGUGUGAUGACCUGGAGAAGGUCUGUAACUCAGUGGUGGACACCUGUCUGCAUAAGGGGAGCAGGGACAAUAUGAGUGUGGUGGUGGUGUGUUUACCCGGCGCUCCCAAGAUCUCAGAGGAGGCUGUGAAGAAAGAAGAGGAAUUGGAUAAGUACCUGGAGACCCGUGUUGAGGAGCUACUGGGGAACUGUGGGGAGGCGGGAGUCCCUGACCUGGUGUCUGUCCUGAGGAGCAUUGCCACAGAGAACAUCCCCAACCUUCCACCUGGCGGAGGCCUGGCCAGCAAACGGAGUGUGAUCGAGGCGGUGUACAACAAGCUGAACCCUCACAGAGAAGAGGAAGGGGCCUGUGCGGGGGGAGAGGAGGAGAGUGAGGAGGGAGGUGGCAGCACGGCGGCUCAUCUGCUGGAGGCUCUGCGGCAGUUCCGCCUGCACCACCGGGGGCAGUACCACUCGGUGCUGGAGGAGUCCCUGGCCGCCUACCACCUGCGGGGGGAGAGCACUGCGGAUGGACCAGGGGAAGGCAGGAGGACCUCCGAUGACGACAGUGAUGGCCAGCAGCAGCCCGCCUCCCCUCCCUCUCCCCCCUCGCCCCCGCCCUCACCCGCCACUGCAAAGCCGGAGGCCAGCAAAGAUGCGCCCGCCCCCGAGUCCGAUCCCUCCUCUGACUGAGCACCCCCUCUGCAUACCUACCUUCCCACCCGACCCCAAAGCCCUAGUCCAAAGUGCUUUGAUCUCUCCUCCUCUUUCCUUUUAUUACAGAACUUGAAUGGACACAUCGGCCACUUCCGGCUCUAUCAUGGGCUGCAAAUUUAGCUUCCAUUGCCAUUCAUGAAUAUUUUAGUAAUGUAAUGGAAAUAAAAAUGGCCCCUCUGUCUAUUCAAGUUCUGUCUCCGAGCCACAUAUAUACCUUCCUCCUUUCUUUUGUUUCCCCUGUCCUUUGAUCACCUCAGCUUGGAUUCCCAAACUUCUCAGUCCACUUUUACAACCUGAUCCCACAGACUGUUUACCAUAAAAAAAAAAAAAGAAUUCUAAAAAAAUAAAUAAGAAAUUAUUAUUACGUGCAAAAGUGGCUGGUGAAGUAAAAAUAGACCUUGCACUCCAUGGCCUACAUCUACCAUUAUUGGCUUCUGGCUGAUUUCCGACCUGACCCCACACACACACACACACACACAAACACACACACACACACACACACACACGCACACGCACACGCAUACCUGCUUACAGUGGACAACCUGACAAAGAAAAGGAGAGGAGACCCUCUGAACCGCAUCUGUGUUCAACACACUGCUCUCCAGGCCUACUCCAUCUACAGACUCAGAACACAUUCUUUUGCGUUGAUGUAUGUAUGUGUGUCUGCAUGAGUUUGAGUGACGGAGAAAGAGACCAAUCAUCACUACUGAAAUUUUUGUUUUUGGUAGUGGGUGAUACUUGAUUGUGAUUGUUAGCUCAUUCAGCGAUGUUAGGUUGUCCAAACCAGUCUGGGUACUGAAAAACUGGGCAGUUUAACCACAGAGGGACACUUGUGUAGGUGGGUUAGUGGCUGUAUACUUAUACUGUAUACUAGUUUGAGCGGCAUUUCAUUUAAAUUGCUCCCUCACCACACCUCACCAUAUGCAGAAUUCCACAUCACCACAUUUUAGUACGCUGCCUCACAGUCACCAACGAAGGGGUUCACGUUUGUUCCUGGUUGUUAUUCAGGUGGUUGUGAAUGUGUCGGUAGCACUCAAGUAUACUAGUACUAGGUGCAAAAGGGGCCAUGCAAGCAACGUGUUUAAAUUAAAAUAAGACUAAAAGUCUAUAGCCACACUAGCAACCUUGUAAGGCUGUAAUGCACUUUACACACCACAAAUCAAAAUUAUUGGAUGGAUGAAAAAAGGAGAGAAACCUUCACUAUGGUGGCGCCAGGUGAAAAGGCAUAUAGUUUCCAAAAUCAGACAUAUAGUAUGGUUCUCUACAUUGUGUGAGGUGGCGCAACUUUUGUAUUGUCAGUGUUAGCUGGCAAAUCACAGAUACUGUUCCAUAGAGAUGGUUCCAUAAAAAGCUCAGGGAAGUGGCUGUGCUCUACUCUUUAACCCUGGUUGGGUGGUUAAACAGACGUAUGUUUGCCAAAACAACCAGUUAGUCAUCAUUCAUGAGGUCCUUUCUCUUGUUAAACCCUUCCGAUAUAGCAAAAGUCUAAUUUUUGUGUUGCUUGUCAAAAUUUAUUUUCGGGUGAGCAAUGGACUAAUUGUGGCCGCUGGGAGAAAAUCACCCACUACACCACUUUGAAAAGCAACACAAAUGUGAGAUUUAUCCUUUAUCAGAAGUUUUUAUUAUCGCGUUUACAAGAAAAAAGACUAACUGGAUAAAUGCCCAUGUGCUUGUCGACAGCUUUUGGAUUUUAAAUGUAAAUGAAGACCUGUCGGCAUGAUAACGCUAUGCUGUGCUUAGCAUUCAUCUCAAAGCAAAGCUGAGGUUAAGUGCUGCUAUUUUGACGAAGUAAAUCUUAGUCAGAUGUAAUUUGAGCAAAGUCAAACUGUAGAGCUGAAGCUGAGAAGAUGAAAUAAAAUAAUCACUGUAAAUAUGAUUUAAUGGUCUUGCUUUAGGUAACAAUAUGGCCUUUCUUUAGCAGACACCCUCAGUCUAACACUUUCUUUUUUUUCAAACAUACGGCCGGCAUUACAUCCCUAAAGUCUUACUGCUAGCGUGGCUUAAAAGGUCAUAGCAUUGAAUCCACUGUAGGCAUUCAGCCUCCAACAUUAAGCACCUCUACAAUCGUUUAUACCUGGACAACAGUGGGUUUUAUGUGAGAUGGUUGUGUAUCUGUAAUCAGUUCCCACUGCUCAUGCCGACAGUUGCUGGUAUUAACCGCGGCAGGAUGUGUUUCAGCUUGAUAAAAUCCCACACAGUAUAUUUCAUUCCUCACAGGUUAUGACAUUGUCUGUUCAAAACAACACAAUCUGAAACUCUUGCCUCAUUGUGAAAGUUUAAUUUGAACAGACUGAACCUACAGUGCUCAUUCUUCUUUGAAAGCAGGUAGAGGGAUGUUAUUGUCUAAGUCUGUAUAAAGCCCAGUACCCAGUGACUCUGGUAAUGCAUGCACUGCACUUAUCUUUUCAAUAUCUAAGGCACUUAACUAUCAGAGGGGAGGUUAUGCUCAACACUGUGCGUAUGUAUGUAUGUAUGUAUGUAUGAGUUGUAUUUGUAUGCAGUUACAUGGGCCAAAUUAGUCCCACACAGUAAAUAUGACAAAUGAACAAAUAAAAAUGAUUUGAGGUAUAAUGCUA